AUGAACAUUCACGAUCAAGUCUCUGUGUGGUCCCAGGAUUCAUUUCUCUGGGAUAAAUGCCUAGGAGGGGAAUGGUGGGGUUAUAUGGUAAGUGUAUGUUUCGUUUUUGAAAAAGCUGCAAACUAUGUUCCAGAGUGGUCCAAGCCGUCGCGUCCCCACCGGCCGUGGAGGAGGGGCCCACAGGAAGGUGGGGACGUGCGCCCGGCCCACUUGCCCCGGAGCGUGUGUCCCUCACCGCCCAGCCCCAGAACCUUCCGCCUCUGGCACAGGCAGUCCUUGGGCUGCCCGGUGGGAGGAGCCGACAGACGGCGGGUCUGGAGACGGUACCGACCCCCUCCCCGCGGUGAACAGCACGCCCCCCUCCAGGUCCGGCUGCCUCUGGGAGCAGAGGGCUGCCUUCCCAAGGGGCCCAGGCUCCCGGGGCCCAGGGCGCCCGGCGAGUGCCACGGUGCGGGGCAGGGGCCGGCUGGCGCCGCUGUGGCCCGUGACAAAGGCUUCUGGGAGGAGGCGGUGCUGAGGGUUCGGCCGGGCUGCUUACCAAGCCGGUGCAGGGGACACAGGGGCUUGACCCGUGACACCCUCACUCCCCACAACUGCUCCGAUUGGGUGGCAAAGACACAGCCAGGGCCCCACCCCAGCUCCGUAGUCCUGGGCUAGGACCAGCCCCAUCACCACCUGGCCCUGGGGACCCACCAGCAGUCUGUUUAUGAGGCAAGCCAGCCCGCCCCCCAAACCCCCAAGUCACCGCUGUGCCCAUGGAGUGGGGGAGGGAUGACAGAUGGUGGAGGUGCUGUAAGCAGAGUCUGCAGCAGUUGGGGAAGGGGAGGGGGAAAGCAGGGCUGCAGGGGGCUGCCACCCUGUACUCCUGCCUCACCCCGGGCCCCUGCACCCUGCUCCUCUCCACCUGGGCACCUCUCCCAGGCUCAGGCUACUGAGGGGGCACCUGACCCAAACUCUGCCACUAAGGCGGGCCAAUUUCCUAUGGACUCUGGGUGCUCCUUAGGUCUGCAAGGUGUUGGGGUUCCCUGGGGGUGAAGGCAAUGGGGGCAAUCUCUUAAGGCUCCACUUCAAGGGAAGUGGGCCUCCAGGCACGUGGCAAGGACACCAUCACUGACCAGCUGACCAGGAAAUGCCCGGCACUGGCAGGGAACAGUAGCAAAAGGGACCCCUUGGCGCAGUGAGAGCCCCAGAGCCCAACGUUCAGCUCUAGGCUUCAGCUGGGGGUACUUGGGCCGGCUGGGAGCAAAGCUUGGGAGGGGUCUGUGUUUUCAUCCUAGCUCAACACUGAAGUCAACUCCAGAACCUCUCUGGACCUCAGCAUUUACAUCUUCAGUAGUAAAGGGUGCUGGCUCCACCCACCUUGCUGGGAGACAACCCAGAAGGUCAUAGGGAAGCGAAGAGCAAAGCAUACGGGUAACUCUGGGGCCCAUC